CUCUUCUCAGUCGACUAUACCGCCAUUUUCACAGCUUAGUCGUUCCGGGUGGUGUAUGAGGUUGGAUAGUUCAGACAAAAUCGAAAUGAGUUUGGACGAUAUUAUCAAACAUAAUAAAGGAGGAAGGACGCGUGGCACAAAUCGACGAGGACGAGGAACCGGCGGUACCCUGCCUAGAAGAGGUGCUCGUGGAACACAACGAAGAGGAGGAGUUAUGAGAGGUCGUAAUCGUGGAGGAAUUGCAAGAGCAUCAGCACCUUAUACUAGAGGUGAUGUGAACAGUGCUUGGAAGCACGAUAUGUUCGAAGGUGUCAAAAAAGUAGGUAGAGGUGCAAUUGGUGGUGUAGAAAGUACCAAGUUGCUUGUCUCCAACCUGGAUUUUGGAGUUUCAGACUCAGAUAUUCAGGAACUAUUUAGUGAGUUUGGGCCUUUAAAAUCAGCAGCAGUCCAUUAUGAUAGGUCUGGCAGGUCAUUGGGAUCGGCUGAUGUGAUUUUCGAACGAAGGGCUGAUGCAAUUAAGGCAAUGAAACAAUACAAUGGUGUCCCUCUUGAUGGUCGUGAAAUGAAAAUCCAAGUGGCAACAUCAGAAUUACCUGUCACCUCAUCCGUACGUGCAUCAAGACUUGCAACCGGCAACUUUUCACAAAGAUCACCAACAAGUCGAUUCAGAGGAUCACGUGGUACUAAUACGGCUGCUAGAGGUCGUGCUGCAGGAGGAAGACGUGGAGGUCGUGGAGGUGCUAGAACACCUGCAAAAACACCAACAGCUGAAGAACUAGACGCCGAAUUGGAGGCUUAUGUUAAGGAAGUGAAGUAGCGUGGUGAAGAUUCUUAUCGUGAUUUAAAUAAGUUUUUCUUUUAUGAUCGCUCAUUUUUCCUAUUAAACACUUGGAAAAUGUGUUUAUUACUGAUUAUCAUCGAUGAGGCAUAGUUUAGAUGUGCAAAGAAAAUUAAUGUUUAACAAACUUUUUUUUUAAGAGAACAGAUUUUUAAUUCCAUAAGGAAUUUUUUUUUGCAUUAUUUGAAUUUGCAGUUGCAUUAUAUCAAGAUAAUGUUAAUGUAUCAUUUAUAAAGGUACAAAGAUUAUUCUCUAACUAAUAAUUAAUAACUGACGAAAUUAUAAGACAAUGCGUUUUUUUUCUUUUUUCCUUGGUAAAAUUUUUAACUAUUUGAAUAAAAAAGUUUAGAGAGUAAUACAAAGAAUGGAGAUAAACUAAUUUAAUAAUACAAAAAUAAUUAUAAUAAUAAUAAUUAAUAAAUUAAUGAAUUAUAGACCAAAAUAUGAAAUUAUUGAAACUAGUAUGUUAUCAACUCGUGAGUGUGAGAAAAUUAACAGAAUGAUCACAAAAACAUAUGUACAUUUAAUAACUUGUAGAAUAAGAUUUUUUUUAAAAACUUAAUUAUCGAAUAAAAAUUGAUUUCCCAAUUAUUUCUAACUGAAGAUAAUUCAAAUCUGGAUUAACAAUAUUUUUUAUUUAUUUGUGUUUCUUUUUAAAUUUUAAUACUCGAAACUAUACACAUGAUCUCAUGUAGUAUUUUGUAGUUGGAUAAGGCUGUGACAAUUACAAUUUUAACAAUCUUUUCUUAUUUUUGUCAAAAAAUCUAAGUGCUUAAAUAAAUUCUAAUGUCGCUCACAAAUUCUAUGCGACGAAUAUUCAGUCAAUAUAAAUAAAAUAUAUUUGAUUAUUACAGAGAGAAACAAUCAAUUAUUAAAAUUAAAAACAACUCAAAUCACAAUCGUGGUUGAAGACUGAAACCAAACUAUUUCAACACGGAGAAAAAAUAAAGAAGAUUUAAUAGUA